UGGAUAAGCGCACAUAUGCCAGCAUCCCACAUGCAUUUCAUACGCAGAUUUAUAGGAAAAAAUGUUCGUGCAACCGAGAAUAGAAUAGAUUUCGCCCAUGUGGUUUGCCUUCCUCCUCCGUCGGCGUAGGUACACCUAAGUAAGUGAGUGAGUGGAUUAGUUAAUGAAAAAUUGGACCAUUUUCUACUCCUGAGAAUCCGCUUAAACUUGUCGGAAAUCGGAUAAAUCCCACUUUUCAAAUGUGGACGGCUAGAAAUGUGGAAACAGGAUUGAAAUUAAGGGAACAAAGUUGUAAAAUUACAUAGUUGCAUUAAAAAACGUCGACAUUUUAAUUAAAUUCAUAGAAAAAAUUAAGGUUAUUGAUAAAUGUUUAAUUUAAAUUGAUAUUAAACUACUUGCGACAAAUCUAGGGUACAGAAGCAAUCUACAAUCUAUAACUUAUUACAAGACCCAACGUACCAAACGCCUACAUAUCUAAAGUGAAAUUCUAGUUUAAAGUUUACACUUCUCAAAAUCUAAAUUCCGUCUUCGAAAUUCUACAAUUGUAUUUUCUCCGGAAAACUCGUAAACUCGUAAAUUCGCGUAAAAAUUAAAUGUAAAAAUUAAAAGUCGUCAAAAUACACUCGUAAAAGAAAGUAUAUCUAUUUUAAUAAUAUCAAAAUUUGGAUUCACUAUCACCAAUAAGAAAAAUGAGUGAUGACGAGUGUGGCGACGACGUGGACUAUUUUAUCCAGCCCGAGAGAGAAGAAUCCAUUCGGGCCGAUUUGCUAAAUCAUAUCGAAAUUUUGAAAGAAAAAACCAUUAAUUUCGAAGAUCUCUUAAAUGAAUUGGUCCGUCAUGGAUGUCUCUCGUUUGAAGAAAAGUUUAAGAUUUUAAGUGGCAUUGUGGACGAGAACACGUCAAACAAGACGCUUGGAGAGAAGUGCAACGAGCUUUAUCAGACGUUGCUGGUCCGAAAGAAGGAUCAGAUCGGGUUGGGGAAGGUUUUGCAGGCGUGGGAGGUGACGGGAAAUUCCUACCUCGUCGGCCGAUUCGACACGCACUUCAGUCUGGAGGGAAGGGACUCGAAGUCACUCAAGUUCCACAAGUUGAAGGCCUUGCCGUCCUACAGGACCGAGUUCCUCACGCACCUCCACCUCAAACAGCUCACCUUGUCGCCCAAAGCCCUCCUUAAAUGCUUGAGGAAAAGCAGUCGCCUCGUCGACAUUCGGCUCGAGAGGAUCAAAGUCCCCUAUGGAGGAAGGUCAAGCGACGACCCCUCCUCGGAUUUCGACCAGCCCUUAAUCCUCCCCAACUUGAAGACCUUCUAUUUCGAAGAGGUCUCAAAAGCGGAGCCCUUCAAGUCCGUGAAAGACGUAAAUUUCUUUCUCGACGAGCUCAACCUUAAACCCAUGCUAUUUUUCGGACUGAACUCGAACAUGGCGUGGGACGCCGGGAUUCGGAUCGAGGUGAGGAUGCGGGGUGCAGUGCUGGUCAUGAUUGACCCUUCCACUGAGGAAGAAGAGGGGGAAGCAGGAGGAGGGCACUUCAUCUCCAUGUUGAGACGGAGGCCGGUCGAAUACGGGGGCUUCAUUAAUCCAAACAGGGUCGAAAAGGUCGCCUUGUACGAGUGCUAUCUUCCCAAAGCACCCUUCUGCGAGGCCUUAAAGGAACUCGUCAUCUUCAGGUGCAAAGUUUCCGCUUUUGACCCACUCCUCGCCCCCUGUCCAAACUUGACCAAGGUGACCUUGUACGGCGAAGCGGAAGCCAACAACACGGCACAACUUGACCUGAACUGUUUUUCUGCGUCAAAAUCGUCCCUUUCUUCCCUCACCUUGGGCUACACGUCCGUCUCGUUUUCCAACUUUUGGGACAACAACCUCGCCAUUGGCCUCACCCUUGACUCGCUCUGUUUGGAAGGCUGCCUCGUCAAGUUGGGCGGAUCCUCCGACGUUUCCAAAGUUUUCGAAAAAAUCGGGAAACUUUCUCUCCUCUCGGUCGGAGCCGGCACACUGGGAGACUUUGCCAAAAGUGGGGCUCAAAUUGGGGAGAUUUCCGUAGCUGAAUUUUCCUGGGAGGAUACAAACGUGACGAAGAAUAGUGACGACGAAGCGACGCCAUGUGAGGACGAGGAUGACACCGCAAAGAGGAUUCGUUACGAAGAAGUCGUCUCCUUUUUGGGGUCAGAGUUGAAACGAGGGAAAGAUUCUGGGUUUAAUUUGGAGAGGACAAUAAUUAGUGAAAGUGGCGAACUUGAGGGGGAAGAGGAGGAGGUUAAAAUGGGGUUGAAAGAUAAGUGGAUCGUGAAAAAAGUGAAGAUUGGUGACCCCGCCAAGAUAAGCUUCGACCUCGGCGGAUUUUCCAGUUUUGUGGGCGAAUCGGGGCGAAAAGGCUGGUUUGACUUGCCCUUUAAAAGUGGGGGUGGCGAUGGGGAGGGUGACGAGCCGAGAAAAGCAUUCAGAGCGAUGCAUGGAUAUUAGUGAGUAAUUCUGGGAUUAAGAAUGGUAUCAAAAAUCGUAAAUCCUUCACCAGUAAUUGUAUUAUUUUUACUGUAAAAUUUUAAAUUUCUUUACCGUGAAAGGAUUACAUAUUAAAUAAUAACAAAAUUGAUGGGAAAAACGUUGGUAAAAGUUUAAAAUAAAUUUUUGAA